AUGUAUACCACCUCCGCGCCCGCCCAGAUCAACGGCGGCAGCGGCAUGGGCAAUAACCGCGUCGACUCCGGGACUAUCAACCCCGCAGACCUCAACUCCCCCAUAUCUCUCCCGUCGGCCGCGCUCGCUACAGAUCUCACCGCAGACGCGACCGGCUCCCGCGGCACCAAGCGUAGUCGCUCUGAAGACCAGUAUGGCGAGCAGCUCGUCGACCCGGACGUCGAAGAUGACAGUAGGCGCAAAAGAGGGCGACCCCCAAAAGCCACCCGCCCGCCUAGCACCUCCACCACUAACACCAGCCAUAACAACAACAACAACAAUAUCAUCAACACGCCCGUCGCUGCCACGACGAUAACAUCAGCUUCAGCGGCCAUGGCGUCCUCGCAGUCGCCGUUACAGACGCCUAGGAUCGCCCCAGACAUCGCCCUGCAGUCUUCUCCACCCAAGGCUACGCCGACGAAGUCUGUUCUCAAAGCUCUGCCCACGGUCAGAGACCACACCACCGACCAGCUCGGCGAGGACGGCGAUGAAUACAUCCCCAAGGAGUUCGAUGCCAGCGGCGAGAAGAAGGUCGACGGCCUGGGCUACCUGCAGGACACUCGCACCUACAAAUGUCGUACGUUCCGUCUCGCAAACCGCGGCAACAAGCUCUUCAUGCUGGCCACAGAGUGCGCGCGUGUGCUAGGCUACCGCGACUCAUACCUCCUCUUCAACAAGAACAGGUCCUUGUUCAAAAUCAUCGCCAACCAGGCCGAGAAGGACGACCUGAUCGCGCAGGAUAUCCUGCCGUACUCUUACCGGUCGCGACAGAUUGCCAUCGUCACCGCGCGUUCCAUGUUCCGCCAGUUCGGCAGCAGAGUCAUAGUCAACGGCAGACGCGUGCGCGACGAUUACUGGGAGAGCAAGGCUAUCAAACAGGGCUUUACAGAGGAGGAUAUGGCUGGCGAGAAACGUCCAGGUGCAGGCAAGGCACGUGAGGCUGCUGCCGCCGAAGCUGCUGCUUCGUUGAAUGCCAUGCCAUCUCUGGGCCAUAACGAUGUCAUCUACACGACCGCUUCCACCGAUGGACACGGCAUGCCUUCGAAUCUGUCCCACCCUGCUUCUCUCGCUCCCUUGCCCAUGAUCAACCCUGCGCCCUCCGACGACCCGCGUCUCCGCGAAUACAGCAGCCUCCCACGGCCUAGGCAGGACCUAGGCGGGCAACCAUACCAGGACCGCACCGUCCCCAGUGCUGCCGCCGAUAUCGUCAACCAGGCCUCACAUACGGCAGAGUUUAGCAAAAUUCUGAACCAGCAGCGCAAUUUUCGUGCAAAGGGCCUAGAAGACCACUGGAACAAGCCGCGCGAGGUCCCGAUAUCAGAUACCAAUGCUCAACCUCUGCCAUCGUCAUCCGGCGGUAACCAGCUUGACAACAGCCACCUGCAAUCCCCUCAACUCAACUCUUCAGGCAUGCUCUCGUCACUACAACCACAGCCCAUGCUGCAACAACCGCAGACUCUCAUGACACCGCAUACAUCCUACUCGCCUGCGCUCCACCACCAGCAACAGCAACCCCAGCAUCAUCAGCAACAACCCCAGCACCACCAACAACAGCCGUCCAUGUCGCCUCCUCUCCGCACGAUGCAGCAACAGCAGGGCCACCACCGCUCUCCAAACAACCCCAUACCAUUACCGCUCUCCUCCACGCCCGUCUCCCUUCCAGUUUCCUCCCAGUCAUCGCUAUAUACAUAUCCGCAGCAGCAAUUCUGGGGAGCGCCACCCCAACAGCCACUCUCCCACCAGCAACCGCAGCAACACCAUCCCUCUCAACCAUCUCCAUCACACGCACAACAUCAACCCCAGCACCAUCAACCGCUAGGAAUGCAGCACCCACAAUACGCCUCUCCACUUCACAACCAACACCGGCAACAUCAUCCUUCACAAUCGCCCGGUCAACGACAGCUUGCCUCUCCUCAACUCCAGCCACAGCCACAGCCUCAUCCACAGCAACCGGGCAUGAAUUCGAUGGGUUAUCCGGGCGUUGUCAACACCGCAUAUUCCAUGGCGGGCCCAGGCGCGGCCGUGGGUGCAAGAAUGUACUCUUCCCCGGGUAUGGUGCAACAGCCUUUCGGUAUGGGAGUCGGAGGAGUUAGCGGUGGUGGUGCAGGCAUGAUGCCGGCCGUGUCAGCGGGUGCCGGUGCUAGUUUACCGUGGUCGCCUACGGGGCAACAGCAGGGACAGGGGCAGGGAGGGCAGCAGGGAGGACACGGGUCAUGGCCUGGUACCUACUAG